AUGUUGGCAGCGUUGGCGUGCGAGUUGAACCUCGACUUGUGUCAUUUCGAUAUUGAGCAAGCUUUUGUGCGUUCGGAGUUGGAAGAAGACGUAUACAUGCGAUUGCCGCAGGGAUGUGGAGCUCUAUCUGGAAUGAUUGUAAAACUAGGCAAGAGUCUGUAUGGCUUGAGACAGGCAUCUAGGCAGUGGCAUGCAAUGCUGAAGAGGUGUUUGGUUGCGUUGGGAUUUGAGCAGUGCAUGGCCGAUGCUUGUGUGUUUCGAUUGAUUGAAGGGGGGUGUGUUGUUUUGAUUUUGGUAGUACAUGUAGAUGAUAUUUUUGCUGUUGGAGAGAGGGAGAAAUGUGACAAGUUUGGCGCCGACCUUAACAAGUCCGUGCCGGUGAAGAACCUGGGAGAGUUGAGAUGGUAUUCUGGGUGCUUUUACGAGAGAAGCAAGGAGACUGGUAGGCUGACGAUUUCUCAGCAGACUUUCACGGAUGAGCUAGCAGCAGAGUAUGGAGUAGCAGGGGGUAAGAGCGUUCCCAUGUCUUCGGGGGUCAAGCUUUCUGACUUUGAUGCGGAUGAAGAGGCGACAGAUUUUCCGUUUUGUGAGCUAGUAGGAUCUUUGAUGUGGCUGGCGACUCAGAUUAGGCCAGACAUUGCGAAUGCCAUAAGGGCAGUAGCUAGAUAUUGCGCGUCUCCGAAGCGGGUGCACUGGGAUACAGCGAUGGGUAUAUUAGGGUAUGCGAGGAGGACGAGUUACAUGGGUAUUUCAUUUCAGAGAGGUACGGUAGAAGGAUUCAGCUUGCAGGGGUACGCUGAUGCGGAUUUUGCGAGCAAGGCAGCAGACCGUAGGUCGGUAUCAGGGGGAAUGAUAUAACAUGCGGAGGAGGCGUUGUGUCUUGGUUUUCCAGAACGCAGAAAUGCGUUACGCUUUCGACAACAGAAGCAGAGUAUGUCGCACUAGGCGACGUAGUGAAGGAGAUUUUGUUUUUGAGGCAGGUUUGGCGAUUUAUGUUGCCGAAGGUCAGCAUGCCGUGCAUCCCAGUCUUUGAGGACAACCAGGGGGCGAUUCAACUACCGCAGAACCCCAUCUCGAACUCGAACUCGAACCACAUUGAUGUAAGGCACCAUU